AUGACCAAAGCAUCCACCCAGCUGGGGAAAAGUUACUACAACGAGAGUAACGAGUCCAUUAGCUCUUUAACGCGCCCACAAUUGUAUGGGAUCUACGACGAGGACAUCGCCAAUAGUGAGGACAACGAGGUGUACGAGGAGGCGAGAAAAUCGGUGAGUCGCAGCGGAAGCGCGGUUGGUGGAGGUGGCCGGGGCGGUUACCACAGACGCAGAAAUCCUGUGCACAGUCUGGUGUCACUCGCGCUGCUGGGGCUCGCGGGCAUUGGCUACCACGAGCUCAGCAAGCAAUUGCACGACAACCACGAACUACAUGCGGAGCUGGCGUCGCGGCCUCUGGCGCUUGGCGUCGAGGUGUGUCGGACCGUGAGCUUUGGGAUGGUGCCGACGUGGCUGGCGUAUGCGCUGGAGGGCGUGGUGUUCGGGUCGCUCCUGCCACUGCUGGAGGCCCUAGGAGGGCGCCCACUACAUUCAAACACCUCCUUCGCCUCGUUGCUGCGCUCCACGCAUGCAAUGCUUGGUGUCGCGUUUGGGAUCCGUAAGAUUGAGUGGAGCUCGUCGCUGCAGGCUAGCGGGGCGUGGUUUCUGCUGAACAUCGUGUUAUGGAUGUUCUUUGACGGAACGCGGUCGAUGCUGGCGGUGUGUGUCGCGAUCGGGGCCAUCGCGUCUGCUACAUGCUACCGCGACGUGACGGACUACUCACAGAUGCUAUACUUCAUGGAUUUUUACUUCUUGGGCCUACUACUAUUUGGCAAGCUAGGGAGAUAUCUAUAUGGACCGAGGACGUGA